AUGCCAAAGGUGCUUUCUGAUAUUGUCGAAUACGCCAUAAGAACCCAUUUUGAUCUCAAUAUCAAGUCCAUUAUUGCGAAGUACAAAGGACCUUUGAAACUUAUCCGUCGGCUACAAGAAGAAAUUUUGACCACUGAUGAUACGGGAACCGAGGCCCAGCGUCGAGCUAGCAAUAGGGCCAAUUUCCUGCUCAAAGGUGUUCUCCAACAAAGGCAUCCUAAACUGAUGGUGGACCUUGACUCACAGGUUGAUCGUUGGCUUGCGAUGAGCCCACAACAUCGGGCAUUAGCUGCGCAUCCGAAGAACGAUGCUGAGAUAGCGAUACGUCGCGCGCGGCUGUUUGCCGCCUGCGAUCACUACCUCACCGAUUUCGAUGCCACACAUGUACAGCCGCUUGAUCCAGGGUACUUCAACAUUCCCGAGCCGAUUCGCGAUCUCAAUUAA